AUGAGUCAACCACAGGAAACCGAGCGUUCGUCCGAGGCGAGCGACAUCGAAAACUCAAACACGUACGAUGGAUCAGGCACGCCAGACGACCCUUAUGUGGUAGAGUUUCAAAAAAACGAUCCUGGGAAUCCCAUGAACUGGGGCGACUUUAGAAAAUGGUUCAUCACCACCAUUGCGACACUUUCUGUCUUUGCCGUGACAUUUGCGUCGUCAGCAUACUCUGUAUCGGUCAUGGAGAUUACCCAAGAAUUCAAUAUCAGCACCGAGCUCUUCAUUGUCGGCGUUUCGCUCUUUGUCCUCGGAUUUGCAAUUGGCCCAGCUCUUUGGGGUCCCUUGUGCGUGUCAAAGUCGAAUGAAAUCCAUGGGCUGAGAAUCCUUUGGAUCGUGUCCCACAUUGCUAUGGUAGCUUUCAUGGCUGGUUCAGCGGGCAGUCAGAACAUUGCUACUCUGGUCGUUUUGCGCUUUUUUGCUGGCACGUUUGGUGGCUCACCUCUCGUCAACUCUGGGGGGGCUAUUGCGGACCUAUUCCCCCCGGCCAGGAGGGGUCUUGCCAUGACGGUCUAUUGUGUAGCGCCGUUCCUCGGUCCCAUCCUCGGUCCCGUCAUUGGCGGCUUCAUUUCUCAGGGCGCUGGAUGGAGAUGGGUGCAGGGAGUGUGCACCAUUCUCAUUGGAACCAUAGCGAUUCUCGGCGUUAUCUUCAUUCCCGAGACAUACGGACCGGUUCUUCUCAUUCGACGGGCAAAUAAACUAACCAAGGCUGAUGGCAAACACUACAUCAGUGUCCUUGAGAAGAGUCAAGGCAAGAAGAAGCCGUCUGAAGUCUUCGCGCGAGCACUGAUCCGUCCUUGGGUCUUGCUCUUUCUGGAGCCCAUUGUAUUAGUGGCCUCGCUAUACAUGGCCAUCAUCUACGGUACUGUUUACAUGUUCAUGGGCGCCAUGCCUAUCGUAUACAACCGUGACCGUGGCUGGAAUGAGGGAAUUGGAGGGCUCGCAUUCAUGGGAAUCGCGGUGGGCAUUAUCAUUGGCUUGGUCUAUGCCAUCCUCGACAACAGCCGUUACAUGAAGCUAUUCCUCGCCAAAAAGGCCACCCCAGAGUCGCGUCUACCACCCGCUAUUGUUGGCGCUGUCGCUCUGCCUAUUGGCAUGUUCGCUUUUGCGUGGACCAACUAUCCUAGCAUUCACUGGUCUGUCGCAAUCGUCCUGUCGGCACCCUUCGGAUUCGGCUGUGUCCUGGUCAUCCUACCCAUUGUCAACUACCUCAUCGACUCAUAUACUAUAUACGCAGCUUCUGUGCUAGCAGCCGCCGCCAUUUUCCGUUCCAUUGUCGGCGCUGUCUUUCCGCUAUUCACAACUCAAAUGUAUGAGAACCUGGGGAUUCACUGGGCUACGUCUAUUCCGGCCUUUUUGACCUUGGUUUGCAUGCCUUUUCCUUUUAUCAUGUACAAAUAUGGCUCAGCGGUGAGAAUGAAGUGUAAAUAUGCGUUUGAAGCUGCGGAAAUGAUGAAGAAGAUGCAGCAGCAGCAGCAGCAGCAAGCACAAGCUGGCCCGCAAAAGAAGGAGGAGGACUCAACUUCAGACUAA